UAUGGAUGAGGACUUGAGAUACCCUUGGAUGGAACUUGCACGUAGUCAUUUGUUGCAAAAAAGUGAAGCAGAACUAUUGCAAAGCUGUGAGCAAAACUUGUCAGAAGAGCGAGAAGGCUUUCUUGAUAAGAACUGUCGUUCUGUUGUGGGUGCUAUUCUAUCCGUACUGUCUUUGUCAAGUAACGUGAAUGAACAACAACGUGCAGCUAACCUAUUUCUGUCCUUGUUGACUUCAAGAAAAAGCUUACGUCUCGAGGAGGCAAUAGUGGCGGUGGCCAAGCAAGAUUCGAAACGCAACUUGUUUCAGCCUCUGAUUACUUUUCUUGAAAAGGAGAACCGAGCUUUAGCGGCUUCCUGUGCUCAAAUCUUGGCGAUUCUAUUUUCUGUUGACUCUACGUACAAACUGGAACCUUUAGAUUUGGUGAAGAAGCAAUGUUCGCAUAUAGCCGACUGGUUUGGUAAUAACUUGUUGGAAAAUGACUCAACUGAUGAAGGUUUCCUUCUUACCAUUUUAUCUUCAUUGUGUCAGUUUGUUCGACAUGAUAACUCUAGACUUGCAUUUGCUGAAAAAGGAAAGGAUAAUGUAAAGAAUCUUUCUUAUUUACUGGAGAAGAACAAACAAGAACCUGUUUCUAUUAUUUAUAAGACACUUUUUGUUCUUUGGAUGUUAUCCUUCGCGCAUAGUGCAGAGGUCAAACAAGUAGUUGCAGAGUCAUUAGAAAAGAUAUUUAUUUCGCGUCAUAUUUUAGAGGUUUUGAAAUAUUUUACUAUGGAGAAGGUUAUUCGAGUUACCUUAUCUUUUACGAGGAACUUGGCUGCUGGUAGCUUGGGUCAAAGAAUUAGACGUGAACUGAUUGGUGCAGGAGUAUUAGAGCAGGUGGUUAUUUUAAGUUCGAAGGGUUGGAGCGACAAAGACAUUGUCGAUGACAUAAAUGCAAUACAGUCCUGUUUAGAAGAAGAACGUAAAGUCAUGAACAGCUUUGAAUUAUAUCGGGAGGAAGUUUUGAGUGGUGCGCUGAAUUGGACACCGGUUCAUAAAGACCCUGUUUUUUGGUCAGAGAAUGUUCAGAAACUGGACAAGAAUAACUUUGAAGUGGUCGAAAUGUUGGUGAGACUCGUUGAAGAAACUCACUCAUCGGUAGUUGCUUCUAUCGCAUGUCAUGACUUGGCUAUGUAUAUGAAGUAUCAUCCAUCGGGUAGAUUGCAUAUCCAACGAUAUCAUGUAAAGGAUCGUUUAAUGGAACUGAUGGUUACUGGAGAACCGGUGAGUGAACACGAAAUUUUCAACGAAAUAUUAUUCAACCUAAAGCUAGGAAGUGAAGAAAGAGGCGUUGAAAUGUAUUCAAAUGUUGUUUCUUCACAGAUGGGAUUUUGAAGAAAAGUCUUGAAGUAUUACCCACAUAAAGA